UAUAAAAGAAUCAACUGUUUAUUAAAAUUGAUGAAAUAUCAGCAUAAGAUAGGCAAUUUCUACGAAAGGAAUGCAAAAGGUGGCUCAUCUGAGGAUGUUUAGGUAAUGCUCUCUGAGACCCAGGGGACGCCAUGUCUGAAGAGGCGAUCUCAGGGAGCGAUCUGGAGCCGAGCCUUAACAGCGAAGAGGAGGAUUUGGAAGAGGAGGAGGAGAUGGAUGAGGAAGAUGGAGAAAACGACGGAGAUGACGAAGACGACACAGUGGACCACCCAGCAGAGGGAACCCCUCCAUCUACCUCACCUUCCAGAGACUCCCUCCCCGACACCACCCAUCAGCCUACAUCCCGACCUCCCUCUAGACCCAUGUCCAACCAUUCCUCGAGGUCUACAUCUCGCCCCUCAUCCAGACAAGCGUCUCAUCCGCCUUCUAGACCCUCGUCUCGUGCCCCUUCUGGGGCAGGGUCCCAGCCCCCCUCCAGCCCAGAGAGCCCCAGCACUGCCUCCAAGGGCAGUAAAAAGAAGAGGUCCUCCAAACCUGCUCACAUGAGGCGGAAUAUUCGAAAGCUCCUAAAGGAACACCAGCUGGAGGCAGGUACUAAAGCAGCCCAGCAGGAGGAGCUGGAGAGGCGACGGCGACUGGAGCAGCAGAGGAAAGAUUUUCCUUUAGCUGUACCCCCUGAUCCGCCUGUAUGUGAAGAGGCAUCGUGGUUAGGGGAAGGUUCUCAGGUUCUCAAGUCAACAGCAAGACAGGAAGUGAUCUGUCUAGAUAGCAGUGGGGAUGAAGAGGACUCCAAAGAACCUGCCCUUCCACAAAAACCCUUCCACAGAGAUGAUGUUAUUGAGCUGAGUUCGGGUGAUGAGGAUGCCUUGCAGAUCAGCAGUGAGUCAGCCAAUGAAGAUGAGGACAGGUCAGCCACCCCUGGCACAGAGGAGAGCAGUGGAGCUCAUGUAAAUGAUGCCCUAAACCAGCCAGAUGCACAGGGUAGAGUACUGGUCAACAUAAACCAUCCAGCUGAAGAGAGUGACCUGUUUCUGGCCCCACAGCUUGCCAGGGCAGUCAAACCUCACCAGAUUGGUGGAAUUAGGUUCCUGUAUGAUAAUUUAGUGGAGUCCCUUGAGCGCUAUAAGAACAGUAGUGGUUUUGGCUGUAUUCUGGCUCACAGUAUGGGUCUGGGAAAAACCCUCCAGGUCAUAUCCUUCGUUGACGUUCUUUUGCGGCACACUGAAGCACACACUGUCCUGGCCAUAGUGCCUGUGAACACACUACAGAACUGGCUGGCUGAGUUCAAUCUUUGGAUCCCUACCGCGGACAACCUGCCCCCCGACAAUGACCCAGAACACACUCUACCACGUUCUUUCAAAGUGCACAUCCUCAAUGAUGAACACAAGACGACAGCAGCGCGGGCCAAAGUGGUGGAGGACUGGACUCGCGAUGGUGGGGUGCUGCUUAUGGGGUAUGAGAUGUAUCGCCUGCUGUCUUUGAAAAAGAGCUUUGUGACAGGACGCAAAAGGAAGUCCAAAAAACCUGUCGGACCCGUCAUCAUUGAUUUGGAUGAAGAGGAUCGGCAGCAAGAGCUGAUGAGAGGUAUUGAGAAGGCCUUGUCCCGACCUGGACCAGAUGUGGUUAUCUGUGACGAAGGCCACCGAAUUAAGAACUGUCAUGCCAGCAUCUCCAAGGCUCUGAAGAACAUCCGCUCACGGCGCCGUGUGGUUCUGACAGGCUACCCACUUCAGAACAACCUUAUUGAGUACUGGUGCAUGGUGGACUUUGUUCGGCCUGACUUCCUGGGUACUCGACAGGAGUUCAGCAACAUGUUUGAGCGACCCAUCCUGAAUGGACAGUGCCUGGACAGCACACCACAGGAUAUCCGCUUAAUGCGCUACCGCAGCCAUGUCCUUCACAGUCUUCUGGAGGGCUUCGUGCAGAGGCGAGGCCAUGAUGUCCUGAGGACCCAGCUAACCCCCAAGGAUGAGCAUGUCAUCCUGGUGCGUCUCUCGCCUCUUCAGAAGGCUCUUUACACAGAAUUCAUGAACCGUUUCCGGGAGGCUGGUAACAGCGGAUGGCUUGGCCUCAAUCCACUCAAAGCAUUUUGUGUCUGUUGCAAGAUCUGGAACCAUCCUGAUGUGUUGUACGAAGCCCUGCAGAAGGAGAAUCUGGCGAACGAGCAGGACCUUGACCUUGAUGACUUGAACUCCACUAGCAACACACGCUGUGCAGCCUCUGGGUUGAAGAGCAAGCCUUCAGACUCUACAAACAGCAAGAUGGCAGUUGCUGGCGUUGGGCUUAAUCCCCUGCAAGAGAAAGCUAACCAAGUCAUCACCUAUGAAUGGGCAAAGGAUAUCAUGACAAACUACCAGACGGGUGUUCUAGAGAAUUCUGCCAAGAUGGUGUUACUCUUUCACUUGAUUGAUGAGAGUGUAAGCAAGGGAGACAAAAUCCUUGUAUUCAGUCAGAGCUUGUCCACUCUGACAGUCAUUGAGGAUUUUCUGUGCACAAGGCCCAUGCCGGCAUGCAGAGUUAAGCCUGACAGUCCCAGCCCAAACUGGAUUCGCAGCAUCAACUAUUACAGGCUGGAUGGGAGCACGUCGGCCUCAGAAAGAGAGCGGCUCAUCAAUCAGUUCAAUGACCCAGCCAAUGACGCAGCGUGGGUCUUCCUACUGUCGACCAGAGCGGGCUGUUUAGGGGUUAAUCUGAUUGGGGCCAACCGUGUGGUUGUGUUUGAUGCCUCGUGGAACCCAUGCCACGAUGCCCAGGCAGUAUGCCGUGUGUAUCGCUAUGGACAGAAGAAGCCCUGUUACAUUUAUCGCCUGGUGUGCGACUUCACCCUGGAGAAGAAGAUUUACGAUCGGCAGGUCUCCAAACAGGGCAUGUCAGAUCGUGUGGUGGAUGACUUGAACCCGGUUCUAACGUUCACACGGAGGGAGGUGGAGUCUCUGCUGCAUUUUGUGGAGGAGGAGCCGGACCCAACCCAAGCACCUCUUGAGCCCUGUGAAGAAAUGGAGGCUGUCAUUAAACAGGCCUGUCUGCUCUACCCUCACCUUAUAACCAAGCAACCUUUCCACCAUGAGUCUCUCUUGAUGGACCGCAAAGAUCUGAAACUCACUAAAGCUGAAAAGAGAGCUGCUAAGAAGAGUUACGAGGACGAGAAACGAGCUUCAGUGCCCUACUCUCGCCCUUCUUAUGCCCACUACUAUCCAGCCAGCAAUCAGAGCCUCACCAACAUACCAGCCUUCAGCCAGCGCAACUGGCGGCCCAAUCCUCGGUCAGAUGAGAAGCCGAUUGCCAGCGUUAGGCCUGUCCAGUCCACUCCAAUUCCCAUGAUGCCACGGCAGGUGCCUAUGGGUCUUGCUGGCUCCAGCACUGGUGUUAAUUUUCCAGUCAACUACUUACAAAAGGCAGGAGUCUACGUUCAACGGAUAAUCACAACAACUGACAUUGUGAUCCCAGGAUCCAACAGCACAACAGAUGUUCAGGCUCGGAUUGGCGCAGGAGAGAGUAUUCAUGUAAUUAAAGGAUCAAAAGGCACCUAUAUUAGAACGAGUGAUGGAAGAAUAUUUGCCAUCCGCUCAGGAAAGACUAGACCAGCCGAAGGUGAAUCCAGUGCUUCAAGAGAUACCCAGAGCUCCUUAAUGACCUCAGUCAGCAAUGGCUGUGUCUCUCCUCCUGAGAGGAAGCGAUUAACCCCGGAUGGAUUGGCACAUCCAUCUCCACUCGACAGUCCAGAGAUCCUCCGAGAACUCCGCCGUUAUGCUGUCAGCGAGGAAGCUGCUAUGGUAAGAAAUGAACUGACAUCCUCAGAAACAGCAGAAGCAUCUGGUGGAGACCAGACUACACAACAGAACCAGAACCAGCCUUCAGAUCACAGCAGGCAGCUUGGCAACAAUGUCAUCACAACAGCCCCAGACAUACGCGGCAACAAGCGUAAGCUGAUGUCCGAGAGCCGCAUUGCCAAGCAGCUACAGGGCAAACGGACGCUACCAUCCACAGGAGCUGGAGGGUAUGGGUUUGGAUUCGGCUUUCCGCCUAUGGGGCUCAACCCUGCCCUAUUGGGUACUCUUGGUCACAUGACACAUCCCCUGCUGGCAGGAAGUGGUACAAGAUCUCAUUUCCUCCAGUCUCACGGUCAGACACUCGGAGACCUACACAACAUGUUUCCUUCAACAGGGCCUGAUCCCCUCAACCUUGGAACUAGUGGAAACACUUCCCUUACCUCAUCUUCUGCCACCUCCUCUCUCAGCACAUCCACUACCCCUUCAAGCUGUGCUGCCACCUCCUCCACCUCAUCAUCCUCCUCCUCGACCCUAACUUCUGGCUCCCUACCGCCAUACUUGCUCAACCCUGGGAUGGCGAGCCUACUGACCUCGGGGUUCCCUAUGUCCUACAGCCAGUCUCUGAUGCCAGACUCCAGGAUGUACUCAAACCCUUCACUUCUUCCUGGAGGACUCCCUUCAACUGCCACCACCACCCCGACUGGCUCAUCUGCCCCUGGCUUUCUGUCCCAUUUGCCUAACUCCACUACCAGCCUGCUAGGGGCAGCACUAAGCCGACCAAACACCCACCCAUCAUUAGCAGAGAAUGGAGGGAGCAGCUCGGAUGAUGAUGUCAUAGAGGUAAUGGGCCAGUAGAGGUCACAGACAGAGAUGAUGUGCCUAGAGUGGCUAUGGCUCAAAUCUAUCACUGGACUGGACAAAACAAAAAGAAACAAAAAACAAACAAACAAACAAAAUCCUUAUGCUGAAUAUGCAUGUAACUGAGGACGUGAAUAACCUGUGAUCAUCUGAGUUACCUGAGACCUGUGUAAGACAGACUGGGUAAAUGUUGCAGUAAGGGACCAGAACUUUGGGCUUCCAUUGAGGUGCCCACUCUCCGGAGCUUGGCUAUGAAAUGACUUUUACUUGUUACUAGGGGAAACCAAUCAGAACUCAUUGUGAUUGUCUUUCUGGACUGUUUGCAUUCUAAAAAGGUGACUG